AUGGCGACCCAAACUCAACAGAACAAACAACCACCACUCCAAGUUGCCAUCAUUGGAGCCGGCAUAGGUGGGCUCGCGCUCGCCGUUGGUCUCCUUCACCAAGGCGUGCCUUUCACUCUCUACGAAGCCGCAAAAUGCUUCAGCACCGUCGGCGCCGGUGUUGGUCUCGGACCCAACGCGCUCCGUGCCAUGGAAGAGAUCCAGCCUGGAUUCAGGAAGCUCUACGGUUCCAUAUCAAGUGGUAAUGUGACGCCAGGGAAAGACCACGCUAUGAUGGACGCCCUGCUCGUCGAGGAAGGCUUUGGAGAGAAACGUGGGUGGAAACCCGUGUCAUACGGAGCAGCUUGUUAUGAGAGGACGUCGGCACACCGGAAGGAUCUGUUGGACAUUAUCACCGGGUCCAUUCCGAAGGAGAAUUUGAGGUUCGGGAAGAGGGUGACGACCCUGUCUCAGACGGACAGAGGUGUAGUAAUUGCAUUUGAAGAUGGCGAGUUUGCUGAGGCGAGCUGCGCCGUCGGUUCGGACGGAGUAAAAGGCAUGUCUCGAGGGGUGGUCCUCGGAGAGAGGUGGCCAGAGUUGGUGAACGCAACAUAUACGGGGAGAUAUGUCUACAGGGCAGUGAUUCCCAUGCAAAAAGCCAUGAAGAUCAUGAGCAAGGACCUGGAUGGCCAUGAGAGGGCAGGGGAUGCCAAAAUGUUCAUGGGCGAUCAGUGCAUCAUCGUCACGUUCCCAAUAUCAAAAGGGAAAGAGUGCAACAUGGUGUGUUUCAAGAUGGACGACAAGCCUUGGAUGUAUCACGAGUGGACGAAGCCCGUGACAAAGGAUUUGAUGCUUAGUGACAUCUCAGAAUUAGGCGUGGACAGAAGGCUUGUCAAGCUGCUCGAAUUUGCCAAUCCAGUACAAUGGGCACUGCACGAUCACCUCGCCACACCAACCUACUUCAGUGGCCGAGUCUGCCUUCUUGGCGACUCGGCUCACGCAACACUCCCUCACCAAGCUGCCGGCGCUGGGCAAUGCAUAGAGGAUGCACUCGUUCUGUCUCGUCUACUCGGUCUAGUGUCAUCUCCAAAUCAACUCGAGACGGCUUUCUCUGUUUACGAUGGCAUUCGUCGACCACGAGCCCAGCGUGUAGUGCGGACGAGCCGCGAGGCCGGGGACAUCUGCGCACUAAAAGCCCCUGGUAUUGGGGACGACAUGGAUAAGAUUGUUGCGAAUCAGUGUCAACGAUAUCUGUGGAUCUGGGAGCAUGAUUUGUUGGACGACGUGGUCCGAGCCGAAUCGGAGUUUAGGUCGCGAACGGGGAAAGAGACCCCGGGACAGCAGCCUACGGGAAGCCUGGUGCUUGCGGUUGCAGUCUGA